AUGGUGGGCGAGCAGGUGCGGCAUAUGCUUGCCGUCCGUGACGCCAGGGAGAAAGAAACUGCCGAGCUACUUAAAAGACUCUCUGGGGAAUCCGACCUUUCUGUGGAGGAUACGUUUGGUGACUGCAAUGAUGGCAGCCUUGAGAGUCUCCAGGCUCGUAAAGUUGCAUUAUUGGUCUCAAAGUCAGUCGUGAGCCUGUCUGCUUUUGCAGGUGGAAAGAGGAUCCGUGUUUGUUCAGGAUUUGUGAUGCAUGGAACAGCCAAUACUGGUGCAAAUAUGAUUUUAACCUCAGCAACACUUGUUAGAUCUCUGAAUGGAGACAAUAAUGUGAUAUCUGAUGUGACGGUCAAGGUUCUUCUACCUGAUGGGCAUAUAAUAGAUGGCCACAUCUUUCUUGUGGAUUUUCACUAUAAUGUAGCUGUUGUCAAAGUUGCAGCUUAUUUAGCACUCUUAGAAGAAAGCACUGCCAACAAUGGAGCUGUGUUAGCACUUGGACGUGCAUAUGAAGGUGGUUAUAUCAUGUGUUCACGGGGUCAAGUUUUAAACAAAAAAAGCAAUUUUGGGUGCGCGGAGCUAUUGGUGUCAAGCUGCGAGGUUUCAAUGGCUGGUUCUGGAGGACCUCUUGUCAAUUACAAUGGUCAAGUUCUUGGUAUUAACUUUUAUGAAGACAAUCAAACAUCGUACCUUCCAGUGUUAAUUGUUUCAAGGAUCCUGGAACAACACCAUAGCUUCGGGAAAUUAAUUAGCCCUUGGCUUGGUUUAAGGUAUACUUCUCUUCAUAUGGUGACACUGGCAGUCCUGGAGCGUAUCUAUAGAAAAUUCCCAGAUGUUGACCAGGGUUUAUAUGUUUCAAAGGUUGUUGAGGGAUCACCUGCUGAUGUUGCUGGAUUAUGUGUCGGUGAUGUUAUUGUAAAAUGUGGUGAAAAGGUUCUCUCGAGUGUUCCAGAGUUUGGUGCAAUAUUACUGGAUGCUGCCGUAAGUCAUAUUGAAGCUUAUGGAGGUUGUGAUGGGGGCAUGGCAAUUGAGGUUGUAAUAAAGCGACAAGGAGAUGGCAGCACGGUGUCAAAAACUAUAGCUGCAGAGAUGCUGGAAGAGAGCAAUUACAACAGGAAAAAAUUAUUUUCUUUUAUAAAAAGCAUUAAUGUCAUAUUCACUGCUGAAGCGUUGUUUGUGUAA